CUCGUGGGGCCUUUCUCCCUUUGAACUGCUGUGGCGGGCGGGCACACUGUCUCCUGCACCCCUCAGAGUCGGGGCCGCCAUCACCAUGGCCACGGCUGCGAGUCGGCCCUCCGCCGGCGGGUCGCGGGACAUUUUGUGGCGCGUUUUGGGCUGGAGGAUAGUUGCGAGUAUUGUCUGGUCAGUGCUGCUUCUACCCAUCUGUACCACAGUAUUUAUAAUCUUCAGCAGCAUUGAUUUAUUUCAUCCUAUUCAGUGGCUGUCUGAUUCUUUCAAUGAUCUAUAUAGUUCCUAUGUAAUUUUUUACCUUCUGCUGCUGUCAGUGGUAGUAGUAAUAAUAAGUAUUUUUAACGUGGAGUUCUAUGCAGUUGUGCCUUCCAUUCCCUGCUCCAGACUGGCACUGAUCGGGAAGAUCAUUCACCCUCAGCAGCUCAUGCACUCAUUUGUUCAUGCUGCAAUGGGGAUGAUGGUGGCUUGGUGUGCUGCAGUGAUAACCAAGGGUCGAUACGGUUUUCUUGUGGUUUCCUGCACUGGUACUGAGAGUUUAAAUAGCCCUGCUGCACAAACCUGCUUAAAUGAGUAUCACCUGUUUUUUCUCCUGGCUGGUGCAUUUAUGGGCUAUAGCUACAGUCUCCUGUAUUUUAUUAACAACAUGAACUAUCUUCCAUUUCCUAUCAUACAGCAAUACAAGUUCUUGCGCUUCAGGAGAUCUCUGCUCUUGUUAGUUAAGCAUAGUUGUGUGGAAUCACUGUUCCUGAUUAGAAAUUUCUGCAUUGUGUAUUAUUUUCUUGGCCAUAUUCCCAAAGCUUGGAUUAGCACUGCAAUGGACCUUCAGAUAGAUGAGCAGUUUCAUAGGCCUCUUGACACUCUGAGUGGCCUCUUGAAUCUCUCAUUACUCUACCAUGUCUGGCUAUGUGGUGUCUUUCUUCUGAUGACUUGGUAUAUCUCAUGGAUACUCUUCAAAAUCUUUGCCACAGAGGCUCAUCUGUUCCCUGUUCAGCCACCAUUUUCAGAAGAGUCGGACGAAUGCCUCCCGAAGGUCUUAAACAGCAAUCCUCCCCUCAUCAUAAAGUAUUUGGCCUUGCAGGACCUGAUGUUGCUUUCUCAGUAUUCUCCCUCACGAAGACAAGAAGUUUUUAGCCUUAGCCAACCAGGUGGGCAUCCCCACAAUUGGACAGCCAUUUCAAGGGAGUGUUUGAGUCUUUUAAAUGAUAUGACUCAGAAACUGGUUCUGUAUCAAGAAGCAGCUGCUACGAAUGGGAGAAUGGUGUCCUCGUAUUCUGUGGAGCCUAAGAAAUCGAAUUUUCCAGAAGAAACUACUUUUCAGACCCCAAGAUCUAGCCAGAUGCCUCGGUCUUCAGUGCCACCAUUAGUUAAGACGUCACUGUUUUCCUCAAAAUUGUCUACUCCUGAUGUGGCAAGUCCCCUCGGAACCCCAUUUGGUUCUAGUGUAGUGAAUCGGAUGGCUGGAAUUUUUGAUGUAAAUACCUGCUAUGGGUCACCUCAGAGUUCUCAGCUGAUAAGAAGAGGGCCAAGAUUAUGGACUUCUGAUCAGCAAAUGCCUGAAUUUUCUAAUCCUUCUCCAUCUACCUGUGUUGGUGCGGAGGGUAAGACAGCAAGACAGCCUAGCAUGAUUUAUUCAUGGAUUCAGAAUAAACGUGAACAGGUUAAGAAUUUCUUAUCAAAACGGGUGCUGAUAAUGUAUUUUUUCAGUAAGCACCCAGAGGCAUCUAUUCAGGCUGUUUUUUCAGAUGCCCAAAUGCAUAUUUGGGCAUUAGAAGGUCUGUCUCACUUAGUAGCAGCAUCAUUCACCGAAGAUAGAUUUGGAGUUGUCCAGACUACACUACCAGCUAUUCUUAACACUUUGUUGACGCUGCAAGAGGCAGUUGACAAGUACUUCAAGCUUCCUCAUGCUUCCAGUAAACCACCUCGGAUUUCAGGAAGCCUUGUGGACACUUCUUAUAAAACAUUAAGAUUUGCAUUUAGAGCAUCAUUAAAAACUGCCAUCUAUCGAAUAACUACUACAUUUGGUGAACAUCUGAAUGCUGUGCAAGCAUCUGCAGAACAUCAGAAAAGACUUCAACAGUUCUUGGAGUUCAAAGAAUAGCUCAGUAAUAUAAACUGUGUUCAUUACACUGCUGAUACAGCUACAGAUGGGACAGUAAAUGUUCAGCAUUCUUGGAUCAGAAGAAAAUGGACUAAUUAGAUGCUUCCUUUGUCGUGGUGGUUGCUUUGAAAACUAUACUUUAAUGGGAGAAAUCAUGGAAAGAAAUUCUCAACAGAAUAACCGAAAACUGCCUUUUCUGUACCGAUGGCUUUUUGUGUGUGUGGUAUAAUAAAAUCUUUAUUCAAUUUUACAGAAGCCUCUCUGGCAGUAGAAAUGUCUUUAGCUUCUAUAGCUUAAUAAUAAUAACUGGAAAAUGUUUAGAAUUUACUUUUGAGCUGAGUAGAACCAGUUCAGAAGGUAAAAUAGAUUGACUUGAUUCGGUCUUCCUGAUUGCUGUGAGUUUAACUCUCUGUGCACUAGAAAUAUGUAAACUUUUUAAGAGUGGUUUCUGCUUACUGAAGGAUGAAAUGGUAAUAGUGGAGAAAAAUUCACAGAAAAAUUAUUGUUUAAAGGACAUAUUUUGUUAAUCUGGUAGGUUGUGUUUUUCUUUCCAGGGACAAAUUAAAUUUGCAUGAUUGUCCAAAAAAAAAGGUCUCAAUUUACAGAUGCUAACUCUCUAUAAAGGAAUGUGGAAAAAUUCAGUUCUUAAGUUACAAGAUCAAACAUUCAUAUUUGAUUUUUGAAAGACGAUUGACUGACAACUAUGAAUUUGUUUUGUAUCAUGCUAGUAAACAAUAAGUGUAUGGGUA